AUGUCGAAAAUCCUCAAGGUCCCUGUUGUACCUUUUGGAGAAUGGUACAGCAUGCUGGAGAAGGCAGCGACUACGGGCGGUCCACAGGCUGCGGAGAGUAAUCCGGCCAUCAAGUUGAUGGAUUUCUUCGGUCGGGGAUACAAGGCUCUGGAAGAGAACACGAAGCAGGGCAAGUACAAGCCGAAGGAGGCGAUGGGCAUGCCAGACCUGCAAACGAACAAGGCCGUGGAAGUGAGCGAAACGCUGAGAGGAUCGAAGGUGUUGGGCCAAGAGGACGUCCAGCUUUGGUUGGGCUACUGGGAGAAACAUGGCAUGUUCGCAUGA